AUGUCAAAAGAAGAGUUACCGCAAAACAAAAAAAGAGAGCAAAUAGUCGAGCAUGUGUUGCUGAUAGGCACAGGAGCUAUAGGUAUAUUGCACGGCUACCUACUAGAGAAAUCAGGGAAGAUAAAAGUGACGGCUAUAUGUCGAUCAAAUUACGAUACAAUGAAAGACAGUGGGAUUACUAUUAAAUCGAGUAGUUUUGGAAGCUGUAUUUGGAGACCACACAGAGUGAUGCGUAGCAUCGAGGAAGCUUCCGAUCGCGAAUACAAUUACGCCGUAUGUGCAUUCAAGUGUCUACCUGAUGUAAUACCCACUGAAAGAGUUCUGGGUGAGGUGCUUACUCGCGUCAAGUGUGUAGUAUUGCUGCAAAAUGGUGUAGGUAUCGAACGGUCUUUACAGAUGGCUCGGCCUGAUAUUCCUAUUAUCUCGGGCAUAGUUUGGGUCGGUGUUAAUAUACGUGACAAUAUACUUGUACACGAGGAUUUCGAGAAGCUGUACAUAGGAAUAUAUAAGAAUGUACAUGGUCGUAAUAAUGCUGAGUUGGUGAAUCACUUUGCUGAGUUAAUGGGUAGGGAGCAGGAGUACGUAAUUGUGAAAGAACAUAUCCAACAGUCGAGAUGGCACAAAUUACUAUGGAACGCGACAUUCAAUACCCUUGCUACUCUAAGCGGUUUGCCAAUGAGAAGACUGAUGCGUGGGGUUGGCGUAUUGCCAAUAGCUAAAUCCAUUAUGGAUGAGAUCGCAGCAACUGCUGCUGCUAUAGGUAUUGAUCUUCCAGAAGAGACGAUUUCAGACAGUUUGGACAUGACGAUGAAGUAUUAUGGAGAUAUUGGUGAUGAUAAGUCAGAAGAAGACUUUAAACCAUCUAUGCUUAUUGACUAUGAAAUGAACAGACCAAUGGAGAUUGAGUGUAUUCUGGGUGAAGUUGUUAGGAUGGCUGGCAUGUAUCGUGUACCUGUACCGCACAUAGAGCUGGCUUACUUUAUUCUUAAGAUAAAGCAGGUUAGCCUAGUUGGUGCAGUUUAAUAUUAUCCGACAGUGCUGUGGAUUUGAGAAGUUGAUUUGAAAAGUAAUCAAGACUAGUAGGAAAAUUCAAAAAGUAAAGCCAAAAUAAAUUUAUGUUUCGCUACUGGUAAAUACUAUUAUUGUUUAUGUUCGCCUUUGCAACGCACUUCUGUACUUCUGAACUAGUUUGUCA